GUAUUAGCCGAAGGUUAUACCCGUUUCUUUGCUUUCAUGCUCAUUCGUUGUUGUGUACUUGUAUAAGUUCUGAUUUCUCGUUCCGUGCGCGCAGGAUAGCUUGUGUGAAGUCGAAUUUAUGAGUGCAGAAACCGCGAUGGAAACCGACAUAAAAUGGCUUUGGAAAAUGACCGAAACGGAAGCCUUCUACGAGACAUACACUAUCAGUUACCAGCUCACGAUCGCCACUCGGGAAUCCUUGCUUGAGGAGCACCUAAUCCAGACCCUCACGCAUCUCUUUAGAAAGUUGCCUCUGCUGAGAGCAUGUUACGGACAGCGUGAUGGCGAGAAGUGGUUCAGAGAGAUGAAGGAAAUGAUCCUCGAUUUUGAGGUUGUUUCAGGUAGCACAACGCAAGAAGUACACAAGAGACUGCAGUCAUACCGCUACGACUUGGAGAAAGGGCCUCUGUGGUGUGUUAAGCUUCUGUCAGAACCGCCUUCCUCGCCAGACAUUCCAACCGGGGUCGACAUGAAACAGUUCUGUCACGUGUACACAUUAUUCCUGGGUCUUCAGCAUGGCAUCACUGACGGCACUUCCAACAUGAAGAUUUGCGGCUUUCUGGUACAAACUCUCGACGCCGUCAUGGGGGGAAAGGCCAUCGACAGCGCAGAACAACUUGGCGUCUUCAUAUCCGACGAGAAGACUCGUCAAGUACAGGAGGAGAGACUGGCAUCCAUGAAGACUGAUGCUGAACUCAGACGCCGGGUGGUGGACGAAAUUCAGUCUCGUUAUGGACGAUAUUCGUUAGUCAAAUCGAUUUACAAAGGAGCAGGGGAGAAGGUGCCAAGGACGGGGGUGCUGGAAAGGACCUUGGAUACGGACUCCACAAUGGCCUUCAUCAAGCGUUGUCGAGCUCAAGGCGUCACUGUCAAUUCGGCUUUUACGGCUCUUUGCUGCAUGGCUACCGUCGACCUCCUUGCUGAUGGAGGCCUUGAUCAGGACGUGUAUGACAUCCGCAGCGAGCACGUCCUUAACGCCCGCCGGUACUGGGAUGGCGACACGUCCCAAUACCUGGGCUGCCAUAUCCUUCCUCUGAUGUCGGUCGACGCUAAAGCCCCGCGAAACACCAACGGAAAAUUCUGGGACUUCGCGAGAUCCGUCCACCAAGAACUCCUGAAGAAGGUGAACGAAGGGGCGCCUCUGCUCGUCGAAGCCGCGAAGCACUUCAUGCCUGCCAACCCAGAUUUCGAUCCCACUUUUGAGUACGAGUUCUGUGUGAGCAACUUGGGCAACGUGACAGGCCUGGUGACGGAAGGAGGCGACCACGUGCAGGCCCUUCACGUCAUCAGAACCGUCGCCCUGCACGCCGUCCCCUGCACCUGGAGCAUCCUCGUCCACACCUUCCGCGGGCAGCUGAUCCUAGCUCUCAUAUGCAACAUGUCGACCGUCAGUACGCAAAUGGCGAAUAAAUUCUGUGACGGGAUCUUUCGUCACCUCAAGGAAGUACUUUGAAAAUACACACCCACACACACACACACACACACACACACACACACACACACACACACAUACACACACACACACACACACACACACACACACACACACACACACACAAACACACACACACACACACACAUAUAACUUUAAACGUGUGUAUGUCUAAAAUAAAACAGUUUUUCAUUU